AUGUCCAUGGAAGGAGUAUCCGUGGAUGUUGUUGCUGAGGGGCAAAAAGAAGAUGAAGGCAAGGUUUUACAAAACAACAAAGAAGAAAGAGAUUGGUCUGAGCUUCCCAAUGAUAUCGUAGAGUACAUUGUGGGGAAACUUUAUUGGUCGGAUCGAAUCCGAAUUCGAGCAGUUUGCAAGACUUGGCAGCGGGUAACACUUCAGUGCAUUCCAACCAUUGAUAAAGCUGCAUGGCUCAUGUCAUACCGAUGGCUGCGAUUACACCAAAGUAAGGGAUUGAUUGGUGAACAUAAGCUUAGAGACACAUCGUUGGGCAAGGUGGUAUACAUUGCCAAAGAUAUCGAGGGAAAAAAGCCGAAUAAGUCUUGUGAUUAUCAAUGCGUAACUAGUCGAUACGGUUGGGUUCUUUUCCGGAAAAAUGAGCUCGGCUUCUUUCAGAGAUUCCACUUUUUGUUAUACUCCCCCUUCACCUGUGAGGUUAUUGAGUUGCCGACGUUGGAUGUAGGUUACUCUGUCCACUCUGACUACUUGACGGCCACCUUUUACUUGAGCUCAAAAAGUUCGGAGUGUCUAGUUUUCAGUUUGUAUGUAGGUAAAGGAACAAUCGGUGUCAGCACUUGUCGGCCCGGAGACGAGGGUUGGAAGACCUACAGCUUCUUAGAAAGUAAACCGAUUGAUUGGAUUCGUUUCCCAUUGGGUGCAACUUAUUUAGGUGGAUGUUUUUAUUGUCUCUUUGCUGCUGGUGCUCUAGGUGCAUUCUAUAUUCGUCGUCAAGAAUGGAAAUUACUCACAAAGUCGUGGUCGGGCUCACCACGUGAUGCUCAUGCUCGGUAUGUUUAUGGCGAAUUAGUGGCAGUUCCUAGGUUCCCAUGUAUGCCGCAUAAGCGUCGAAGAGUCAUGAAGUUCGAUUUUUCGGCCAAGCGUUGGGUUGAGGAUUUGAAUCUUAAAGAGACGGUACACACUGAUCUUAGAUUCGUAUCAAGUUCUGAACCUUUGGGAGAGUCAUCAAAAGAUCAUAAUCUCUAUGCUUAUCUCUAUUCAAAAAAGGAUCAUAAUCGAUAUACUUAUUUCUAUUCAAGACGCUUUACGUCACACAAAUAUAAUGGGAGGAAUAUAAUAUUGAUCGAGCCUCCUCUCAAGUGUGUUUGGAGAAGACAUCACUUGCUUAAUCAUAUCUAA